AUGACGAACCUCUUCAACACCAGACCGAAGAAAUACGGACCCGGCAGUCGGCAAUGCCGGGUGUGCUUCAACCGCCACGGUAUGGUGCGCAAGUAUGGCCUGAUGAUGUGCCGUCAGUGCUUCAGAGAGCGCGCAACCCAGAUCGGCUUCGUCAAGUACCGAUAA